GUGCGUGCUUUCGUGCGCCUUAAACGAAAUGUGCUGACCUUGUGUUUGUCGUUUCUAGAUCUGGAUGACGGCUUGGAAUUGCCCACUGUCCACCUGGAGACUGUAUUUCACCGGACGCUAUUCAUGACUUUAGGAUGAACAAUGCAAUGGGGAAAAUUAGGACUUUCCGUUUGCAGAUCCAGUGCUGGAUACUGCCCUUAUGGAUAAUGCUGACAUUAGUAUCCAGUCAGGGAGUAAAGGAGGCAACUGUGCUGAACGAAUGCGAUAGGGGCGUAAAGCGACACCACCCUUCCCAGGCCAAUCUGUACCAGAUUUUCACCCGCAAAGACUACAGGAAGCAGUGGUUGGACUACGCAUGUCCAGAGUACAUGAUCUUUGACCCCAGGACGUGUGAAUGCGCUGAGACUCAACGUCCCACAGAGACGCAAGGGCAGGUAGCUCAGCGUUCCUCAAACAAAGGGCAAUCACUUCGACAGCCGUCGUCAAGGCGGGAAGUUUCUGUCAGCGCACAGUACUCAGAUAAAGGGCAGGUGACUAGCAAAGAAAACAACAGGGGCAGAGUCAGAGAAAUCAGUGCACAACAAAGGUCCAGGGGAAAUGAGAAUAGACAGAGCGUCACCUGGGACAAGGAGGACAGCAGACAGGACAGUAGACAGGAGAGUAGACCAGACAGCAGACAGGACAGCAGACAGGAGAGUAGACCAGACAGCAGACAGGAGAGUAGACCAGACAGCAGACAGGACAGCAGACAAGACAACAGACAGGGUAACACUCCUGGAAAAACGGACAACUGGCAAAGGUCCCAAAAUCAAGCUCAGGGAAGACGCUGGCAGAAAGAAGAACAGGAUGAUGAUGUUCAGGGUAACAGCAGAGAUUCCACCCCUGGCUGGGAAAAACAGGAACGAAACUCUGCGGGAAAUGAAGACAACACUUCUGACAAGAGAGACAACUCUAUGGAUAAACCGUCAGCUGUUCGCAGCAAACAAGAGGUGACUUCCGGCAAGCUGAGCAGCAGAUCUUUAAAGGACACUGACAGCGAAUGGGAUCGCGACAAUGAGGUGAUCCCAGCGAGCCCCGUCAUAACAAACAGUAAAGUCAAUGGCUAUGAUGAGCCCAUCCGGAAACAAGAAGGAACACCAAAGAAACAAAACUCUUGGAACGCUGACAAGGGCAACACUGUCACUGACACACUUGGUCAGCGAACCUCUGGAGGAGACUGCCAUCUCCACAGACCAUCAUCUGAAGACCCCUCCCACUUCGAGAGAUGGGCAGAUGGCAAGUGGCUGCAAGAGGACUGCAACUGGCCUUUCUACACAGGUCUGGUCUGGAGCCAGGCGUCCUGCCGUUGUGAAUGGGGUCCCAAUCGGACCCACGUGACAUCAGUUUCCGCGGACAAUGUACCAGCGACAUGUUUGAUGAUGCUAAAAAUAACCUUUGAUGGCGGGAACAUUGUGGACGAGAGCAGACACAUUUGGCUGAAUAUCAAAGACAAGGAGAACGCAGUAGUCGACUCAGACAAGUCUGCCGUUGGCGGGAAAUGUGGCUCAUUCAGGGGCGCUUCCAUAGCCAUCCCUUACUUCAAGAGUAAUGUGUUGGGCGCCACCUUCCACAUCGGCUUCAUGUUCAAACUGUGCCCCGGUGACCCCGACACUGACAUUCCCCUGCUACACAACGACUGUAUCGAGAGCCCGGAGCCCCCAGGCAUCGUGAUUGUGUACCAGGCCUGGAAGAAACGAGUGGUCAUCUCAAUGAGGACAAUGGACUCGGAGGAACUUCAUUCUGAAUAUUGUGUUGUGGAAAAUACACAGAGUCAAUGGGUUAAACUGGACAUUAAAUACUCAGACAAUCUUCUGGAAGUGGCAGCCAACAGCGAGAUUUGCAUCAGCUCAGAUAAAUAUGCAGGUCCAGUGGCUACUAACAACUGCCCACUGACUCUCUUAGGAGAAGCUUUCUGUGGCAAGCUGGACGAGGUGGUCAUAAGUCGAGGAUGUACACAAACUUACUCUGGGUCUUGAGCACAUUUCUCAAGACAGCGGGUCUCGUCUGUCUUCACAGCUGGCAGUCUCGUCUGUCUUCACAGCUGGCAGUCUCGUCUCCAACUGCAUCAAAAUUAUAGCUCUGCCCUGUGUUAAUGUUGUGUAAAAUUCGUUCAUUACAUUUGUUCAUUUUGCUUUAAUCAUAUACAUUUUGAUUUUUGUUCAUUGCUCACUUGCUCAUUUCAAUAAAAUUCAAAUGUCUUUUCAA